UCUCUCUCUCUCUCUGUGGUAGAGCCAUGAAACUGAUACACAAGUUGCUGAACUUUGUGCUCCCUCCAAUCACUGUGUUUGCUAUAUGUCUAAUCCUACCUUUUCUCUCCAUUUUCAAGUUCUUUGAUUACAUCUUCAGAUACCUCUUCCCCGAGAAUUUGAAGGGAAAAGUUGUUCUCAUCACUGGUGCUUCUUCCGGAAUUGGCGAGCACCUUGCAUAUGAAUAUGCAAAGAAAGGAGCUAAUCUAGCCCUUGUUGCAAGAAGAGAAGACACCCUUAGAGAAGUUGCAAACAAAUCUGCUCAGCUUGGUUCCCCUGAUGUAUUGGUUAUUCGUGCUGAUGUCUCCCAAGUUGAUCAAUGCAAGCAAUUCAUUGAAGUAGUUGUGAAUCAUUUUGGCCGAUUGGAUCAUUUGGUAUGCAAUGCGGGGAUUGGGUUUCAUUGUGCCUUUGAAGAUGCAUCAAAUGUCACAAAUUUUGUGCCAGUAAUGGAUGUGAACUUCUGGGGAUCAAUCUAUCCCACAUAUUUUGCAAUUCCUUAUCUCAAAAGGUUCAAAGGCAAGAUUGUUGUGAAUGCUUCCGUAGCUGGAUGGAUGAUCCAACCACGGGUUACUAUUUAUGGUGCAAGCAAAGCUGCAUUAAUAAACUUCUAUGACAAUUUGAGAGUUGAAUUGGCUCGAAAGGUUUCUAUUACAAUAGUUAGUCCUGGUUUUGUAGACUCAGAACUGUCACGAGGCAAACUCCUAACCAUGCGAGGAGAAGUUGAAGUUGAUCCAAUGAUAAGAAAAAUACUCCGUGGAAUUCCAUUCGAGAGCACAAGGGAAUGCGCAAAGGCUAUUGUGGCCGCAGCAUCCCGUGGAGAUAAAUACAUCACAGAACCAUGGUGGUAUAAUGUGCUUUACCUCUUAAGGAUUCUAUGCCCCGACAUGCUCGAAUGGAGUUAUCACUUGCUGCUCUCUACUUGCGAAAUACCUCUUGAAAGAGAUUGAAGAAGCUAUAUAUGAAGUGUUGGAGACUAAUGAUUUGGUAUUUUGAAAAUAAGUAUUGUACAUGAUUUGGUUCUUGAGAGCUUUCUACUCUCAAACUGUUUAUUUUU